GUCGAACAUCAAUCAGGGUCACCUUCCAAAUCUUUUCUCUGCUUCGGCAUUCCAUCAUCUUACUUCAGGAACUCAGGCUAUUUGGAAGGUACAACCCCAUCAACAACCCCCGAAUUUCCUAAUCGGGACACGGACUAAUAUACACCAUAUACACGACCUUGCAACAGGGAAAGAACAUCACAUCCUCGCAUCAACAGUCUCAUCCAACGCUCCGACUCGUCGUCAACCACUUACUUAACCUUUGACGGCACAACAAUUUACGGGAAUUGUACGGACAGAAAAAAAAAACCCGACCCAUCAACUUUUAAUUCCAAUAUACAGAACAUCCAAACAUCAGCAAGCAAUGAAACCCACCAACGGCAUACCAACGCGGCGGCGGCAGCAGCAGCAGCAGCAGUCUAGCAGCGCGACGACUGGAACUGAGACAUCCGAUAUAACCGCCUCCAAAGCCACUAUUACGACGUCGUUUCUCAUUUCCAAUCUUCACUGUCCCUCGUGUGUCUCGACUAUUAAAGACGUUCUCCUUCACUCGGAGCCAUCGUCCGGGUCUCAUAUCCGAUGGGUCUCGCCCAACGUGGUCACUUCGGUCGUCACCGUGGAACACUACGACUCAGGUAGCAACUCAGCCGCAUCCGUAUCGUCCUUGAUCAGAGACAUGCACCGCGCCUUGGAAGACAGCGGCUUCGAGGUCAGCGGUGUAACGACGACUGCUACUAGUACUGUUGGUAUUAGUGACAAUGACAAUAACAACAACGACGACAACGGCUUCCUGGUUCGGCGGGAUCUCGGCAUCGUAGCUGAAAACGAUGGCGGCCAUGACGCUAAUAUCCCCGGCAGCAGCCGUCCACAAGCAUCAUUACCAUCAUCCUCUUCUGCUUUCUCACGAUGGGUCACCACGGCUUCACGACUUAACCUUGGCAGCCUCCCUGGGGCCGCCCAGUCUCAGAAGCUGGCUGAAGCACAUCUCCAGAACUGCGAGCAGUGUCGCACAUCAAAAGCGACGACGACAGGUCACCAAGUAGAAGAAAAGAAGACAAGUGAAAAGGAAAAGGAAUCUGUCGGCGGCCCAAAGUCUUCGGUCUCAGAGGUUAGAAGAGGUAACGCUCCAGACUUCGCAGCAGCUCGGCAAAGAAAUAUGGCAUCAACAUCAACAACAAAGUCCUUGAUCUCGACAGACACCGUGGUGGAUCUCGGAAAAGUACCAUCGUCUCAAUCACCGCCCCCUCUUUACAGAGCAACGGUAGCCAUCGGCGGCAUGACCUGCGCAGCCUGCGUCAACGCCAUCACCAACGAACUGAACAAAAAGGACUGGAUAGCCAACGUCUCCGUCAACCUGAUCAACAACAGCGCCGCUAUUGAUAUUCACGACGAAAGCAGGGCGACGGAGCUGGUUGAAGCCAUCGAGGACCUUGGCUAUGACGCGAAGCUCGACAAGGUCGUUGCCCUCGUCGACCCGCAGCCAAAGCCACCACCAAAAGCAAAAGCCCGCCGCGAAAGCUCAUCAGACACAUGGCGAGCCACCUUGUCCAUUGGCGGGAUGACGUGCGCGUCUUGUGCCAACUCCAUCACCAACGAGAUGAGAAAACGGGACUGGGUGCAAGACAUCACGGUCAACCUCCUGACCAACAGCGCGACUGUCGAGUUCGCUGGCGGUAAAGAAAACGCCAACAAGCUGGUGGGGGAGAUCGACGAUCUCGGGUUCGAAGCGACGCUCAACGAAGGUACCUUGGUCAACGUCGCCAUCCAGGAGGAGGAGGAGCGUUCGAACCCGGAGGAAGAGCAGCAAAGGAGAGAAGUCGAGAUCCGCAUCCAGGGCAUGUACUGCGAACACUGUCCCUCGCGCGUCUCCGCCAGUCUGGUGGCAGGCUUCCGACGGCAGCUGGACGUGAUCAGCCAACCGAGUCAUAAGAGACCGAUCGUCAAGGUAGUCUACGUCCCCGACGCUCCCGAGUUCACGAUCCGGCACAUCUUGAGGGCGAUCGAAGCGAGCGACCCGGCUUUUAAAGCAUCCAUCUACCACCCCCCUUCCCUCGAGGAACAGUCCAAGGCCAUCCAGCGGCACCACCAAUUACAAAUCCUCUGGCGCGUCAUUUUUUCUUUUGUCGUCGCCAUCCCCACCUUCAUCAUCGGCAUCGUCUACAUGACCCUGGUGCCCUCCUCCUCCGGCAACACGUCUCGCGAGUUCCUGAUGAAACCAUGGACAUCAGGCAUCUCGCGCGCGCAAAUCGCGCUUUUCAUCCUGGCCACGCCCGUCUACUUGUUUGCCGCCGAUAUUUUUCAUAGGCGCGCCUACAAGGAGAUCAGGACGCUGUGGCGGCGAGCCAGUCGCGUCCCCCUGCUGCAGCGCUUCUACCGGUUUGGCAGCAUGAACACGCUCAUGUCGCUGGGCACCACCAUUGCCUACGUCUCGUCCGUUUGCCAGAUGAUCGCGGCGGGAGCGCAGAAGGUGCAUAUGGUGGAUGACUCCAACUUUUACUUUGACUCGGUUGUUUUUCUCACGUUUUUCUUGCUCGUGGGACGCCUGAUUGAGUCGUACAGCAAGUCGCGGACGGGAGACGCGGUGGAGAUGCUGGGGAAGCUGCGUCCGACGACGGCGAUUCUUGUGGAAGGCUAUGGUACUGAGAAAGAGAGGGACGAAGUGGUGCAAGCUGACUCGCUCGACUACGGCGACGUGGUGCGCAUUCCCCAUGGCGCUUCCCCGCCGGCGGACGGGAUUGUUGUUCGGGGCCAAGGUAGCUUGGACGAGUCGAGUCUGACGGGCGAGUCCAAGCCGGUCAAGAAGGCCGUCGGUGAUGAGGUGUAUACGGGCACCGUCAACAAGGACGCGCCGCUCUUGGUCCGGGUCACUGGUGUGGCGGGCAAGUCGAUGUUGGAUGAAGUCGUCAAGGCGGUUCGCGAAGGGCAGACCAGACGAGCUCCCAUUGAGCAAGUGGCGGAUAUUCUGACGGCAUAUUUCGUUCCCGUCGUCAUUGCCAUUGCGGUUGCCACUUGGAUCAUCUGGCUCGCUGUUGGAUAUAGUGGUCAUGUGUCAGACGACUUCCUUGGAGACACCAAGGGCGGAUGGGUUGUCUUUGCGUUGCAGUUCGCGAUUUCUGUCUGUGUUGUGGCUUGCCCGUGCGGCCUGGCACUGGCUGCUCCAACGGCCAUCUUUGUCGGCGGUGGAAUUGCGGCGAAACAUGGUAUCUUGGCCAAGGGAGGAGGUGAAGCGUUUGAGAAGGCUAGCAGGGUCGAUUGUGUCGUUUUCGACAAGACUGGCACCUUGACGACGGGAGGAGAGCCCAAGAUCACAGACUCGGAGGUUUUCGGUGCCGCGGCAGAUGAGGAGAAUGGCAUGGUUUUGGCGGCACUGAAGGCGGUCGAAGAGAACAGCAGUCAUCCGAUAGCAAAAGCCAUCGUCGCCUUUUGUGCAGCAAAGACGUCGGCCAAAACCCAAGUCGAGGACUUGCAAGAGAUUGCUGGCAAGGGAAUGAAGGCCAGGUGCUUGGGAGUGGACUCUCAAGAUGACUUUGAUCUCAUGGUCGGCAACGAAGCCCUCAUGGAGGACUUUGCCGUUACCGUCUCAGAUCAGACUGUCCAGACGCUGCAGAAGUGGAAAAGUGAAGCCAAGUCCGUUGCUCUGGUUGCGAUACGGCGACACCAGGGAAGUGAUGCCAGUGGAUGGCUUCUUGCUGUUGCCCUAGCAAUUUCCGAUCCCAUCCGCCCCGAAGCACCGCUCAUUGUUAAGGCUCUUCAGUCUCGAGGCACUCGCGUGUGGAUGCUCUCCGGUGAUAACCCCGUCACGGCAGCUGCUGUCGCACACCAACUCGGCAUUCCCGCCGACCAGGUCAUCGCCGGGGUGCUCCCAACGGGAAAGGCUGAUAAGAUCAGGUAUUUGCAAGGGACAGAGAAGGCGCGCGUCGGUAAGGACAGUGAGUCGAGUACACGUCGCGCGAUGGUGGCCAUGGUCGGCGAUGGCAUCAAUGACAGUCCAGCGUUGGCAACGGCAGAUAUCGGUAUAGCCAUCGGAUCCGGGGCAGACAUUGCCAUCAGCAGCGCGGACUUUGUGCUCAUCAACAGCGACCUGCGCGGGGUGGUGACGCUCCUGGAUCUCUCUGCCACGGUCUUCCGGAGGAUCAAGUUCAACUUUGGGUGGGCGGUGGUGUACAACUGCAUCGCGCUCCCUGUGGCAGCGGGCGCGUUCUAUCCGAUUGUGAGCGAUGGGAACCAUGUCAAGUUGGAUCCGGUGUGGGCUAGUUUGGCCAUGGCGUUGAGCAGCAUUAGCGUGGUGUUGAGCUCAUUGGCGUUACGGAGCAGAGUGUUUGGAAUUGGAUUCCGGGCGAGGAAGAUUGGAGUAUAGAGGUGAAAAGGGUGAACAUGUGUUACUAAGGAAUAAUAUAGACAGUAUUUAUCUGACGAGCAUUUGUUUGUUGUUUGUUUGUUUGUUUCAGUUUUUUGCAUGACGUCCCU